CCCGGAAAGUUGUCAUUUAUGAUUAAAUGGCAAUUUAAAAAUCGAUAAUUCAUUAAAUUUUUAAAUUAAUUUUUGUAUUAACACGCCUCUAAAAACAAGUCAACUAAUUUUAAUAGAAAUGCUACAGUUUAUGGAUUCUUAUUUAGGUAUUUAUUUUGUGCUGGACAUAUGAUUAUAUUCGUUAAUUGUCCAGUAGAUGUGCCUUUUCUGAAAUGUGAUAUUACUUUUAUAAUGUUUCGACGAAAAAAAUCAGUCAAUAAGAAAAAAUUGGAGCACAAAUUAUAUUUAGCUAGAGAAUCUCCGGAACCCACAUUUGAUCUAUCUGAUUGUGAUUUAAAUAAUGUGCCCAGCGGUGUUUAUUCCCUUUGUAGGGUGUUUUGUAAGAUAUCUCUCCACCUUCAAAAUAAUCAACUUAGUUCACUUUCGGGAGGUGGUGACUUGAAAGACUUGUGUAACUUAAUAAUUUUAGAUUUACAUAAUAAUCUUUUUACAUUGUUGCCAGCUGAUAUGAAUACCUUAACAAAUUUACAAGAAUUAUAUUUACAAGAAAAUCAGUUGAAACAUUUACCAGAAGCUUGUUGCUGUUUGGUCAAUUUAAAACAUUUAGAUAUUUCUAAAAAUAGACUAAAAGAUUUAUCAGAGAAUAUAGGAAAUUUAGUUAAUUUAAGAAUACUUAAACUUGAAAAUAAUCCUGAUUUGAAAUAUUUGCCAAAAAGUAUUUGCAGGGCACAAAGACUCAUUUUAAUUGAAUUAGAUGUUGAAGGAUUUUUAUAUCCACCGAUUGAUAUAAUUAGGGAAGGUACCGAGAGUAUUAUGAGGUACAUUUGUAGUGAUAUUGAAUUUCCCUAUGUCUCUCCCAAUGAUGUGGAAGAUAUUCAACUAGAAUUACCUAGUAGCAGUUUAGAAGAGGUUGAUAAGUUUCAGGAAAAAAUAUGGGACCUUGAAAAACAAAAGUUGAUGAAAAUGCAAGAAUUUUUAGAAAUAGAGAAAAACAAUGCCCUUUUACAGAAACAGGAAAUUGAAUUUUCAAAUUUACAUAGAGCUAAUAAAGAAAAGCUUUUGUCUUCUAUAGCGGCGCAACAAACAAAAUUAGAUAAUAAAUUGAGCAAAAUACAACAAAAAAAGGAAUAUGAACGUUUUCAUUUAAUCGAGCAAUUACAAGAAGCUGAAAAUAAUGCAGAUGAGGCAAUAAAUAAAUUACUGGCAUUAAAUCAGGAACCUCAGAUACAACUUUUAGAGAGGGAAUUGGAAGAAGAGCAAAAAUUGAUAAUUGCUGUUAACAGACAUCAUGAAUCUUUGUAUAAAGAUGAUAUAUUAGCUGCCAUGCAAGAUAUUUUAUCGCAAGAAGCAGAACUAUUUAAAAAGUUUGAUAAUUCCAGGAUCGAAACAUCAAGGAGUAUUUUAGAACAGGAACUAGAAAAAGACUCCAAACUAUCAGAAAUUCUACAGAAUCAGGACUUACAGAAAUCAAACUUGGUGGCAAAAUUAUUAGAGGAUAGUGAUUUGCAAAAAGUUGCUGUGGGUACCUUGCUAGAAAGAGGAGAUGCUCGUAGCUGGGGUCUCGUUCAACAAGUUAGACUUGUCGAGUCCCAGCUUCUUGCUUUAACCAAUAUUGAAAUAGAUAGGAAGAAAUUAAAGAUAGAUGAGCAUUUGAAUGACUUGUCAGAAAAACGGCUGAACCUCUCAAUACUUCUUGUAGAACUACUAGACCAACAAAAGGAAAGGAGAGCACAACUUCUGUCUACUUUGCGAGCCAUGGAAGAGCAAAAUACAAACAAUGUAGAUGAUUUUUGGUUGAGACAGUAUCAGAGGCUUCUGGAAAGACUUCCUGAAGGCCUUUCACAUGCCCAAAAGAAUAUUGACCAAAAGCUGGCAGAAAUCCUUUUAAUAAAUGGAGUUUUACAUUGUUUACCAUUUCUGGCAAAAUUAACACAGUGCCAAUCUAACACUAAAAAUAUCACCGAAAAUGAUUUGAUUGAAGCAGGCAUAUCAAAUGCAGUUGAUCGAUUAAAAAUAAUCGAUGCACUUUGUAUAUACUCCAAGGAGCACCUUUCUUGUGAGUUUACACCAUCAGCUCCACUUCUUGAAAAUGAAGGGGCCUCAGCACCUCCACUUGAACACAUUACACCAUUUAAUAGCUUAGAAUGUGUCAUUUGUAUGGAGGUUGAGUGUCACAUUAUUUUUGUGCCGUGUGGUCAUUUGUGCUGCUGUUCAAACUGUUCCUUACUCGUAGCUGAAUGCCCAUUGUGUAGGGCAUGCAUAGAAAGAAAAAUAACUAUAAUGGAAUUGCAUUGAAAUUUCUCUGAAUUUGUUAACAUUUUUUAAAAUUCUUCAAUACUUUUGAAAGCAUUAAUAUAUGCUUGACACAUAAUUAUCUAUAUUUAUGAUACUUCUAUUUAAAAUUCACCAUUUCCCUUAUAUAUUCUUAUUUUGUAACAUACCUUUUUAUAUUGUUAAUUCUAUUUAUCGGUUUUAUAAAUUGUUAAAAAAAUAUAUAGAUUAGAAAUU